AUUAAUAAGAUGUCGGGAGAACAGGAGGCAGCACCAUCCACCAGCCAUCAACCUGUCAGGUGGUUGAAGAGAGACAGUGAUGGAAAUGUUGUCUAUGACAGACCAAGGUCAUCCCGAAACCAAAUGGCUAGUCACAGCUACAGUCGUAAGGCUGGUGCUCAUCCUAGAAUGUUGGACAGCAGCGUUGAGCUAACCAACUACUGUCCUCCUGACACUGUUGAGACUUUCCUUGAAGAGCUAAACCACUCACAGGGUGAUGACUUGGAUGAUCAGGAAACGGCACCAGCACCACCACGGGCCUCUUCAGACUGGUCUACUCGAAAAAGUCUCCUCUCAGAGAGGUGGGAGAAAGAAAGAGCCUGUCUGGUGAAUACCAUGGUAGCACAACAAAAUGUGACAACUCAGAUCUGCCAACAAUGUGGCAUCAGUCCAGCUGCUGUCCGUUGUCGUGACUGCAGACCACAACCAUUUUUCUGUGCUGAUUGUGAUGUCAGUAUACACCGAAACCACGUAUUCCACAACAGGGAUGCAACAAUAGCUGGAUUCUUUCAGCCAUUGCCUCCAACAACCUGUGUCGUGGAGAGGGCUCUUUCCCAGUGUGUGUGUAUUGUGCCGUUGGAGAUGCCCAAAAAAAUAUGUAGUUGUUCUCCAGGAUCGUUGAGUGUCAACACAGGAAAAGUUGUUGCUGUGGUUACAAUGAAUGGUAAGAAUAAGAUGAACUUAAGGGAACAUUCCAGAUCAAGUGGCUCUAGUGUCCAUAUCACAUUCUGGGCAAAGUGCCCAUAGGGACCUGGGUUGGACUUUAACCUGAUUCCACCCCAUAGGGCUCUCCCACUUGCUUCCUGACACUUUCCAUUGUCCUAUUUGAAUAAAAAAAAACUGCUUAUUUAUUUCUAUUCAAACGUUCCCUAUAGUGGUCUGCGCUGGGCAGGAUUUUCAGUCCUGCA